AUGCAUAUCUAUACAACAUGUGGUGUUUGGGAGUUUGGAGCAACCACGGGAUGGGUUUUUACGGCUGAUGAGAGAGGGGCUAGGCUACUGUUAUUGGAAUCAACUUCUACCUUAGAGGUUUUUAAAAGAAUGGUUUUGGAAGAUUUUGAUAUGGAAGAAGAUAGCUUACCCGAUUUGGAGUUGAGUUAUCUACCUAAUGAGUUGAUCAAUACAUCAACUUGUCCGCCUGUGAUCAUUGCAAAUGAUCGACAGCUUCAGAAUUUUGUUGGUUUUGUUCAAAAGUGUGUUUCUACUCGAUUGUGUGUAACAUCUAAAGCCAAAGUUGAGAAUCUGAAUGAACCAGACUUUGAUCUUAACAAGUCGCCAGCUGAUUCAACUACUGCUCAAGAGGAGGGAAACUCGGUUGAUAGGGGGAAUGAACCAGCUCCUGUGUUUGUUGAGAGGCAGUGCGAGGAAAAGAAAGAAAAGAUUAGAAGAGUCGAAGUUGAUGAGGAUGCCUAUCAUGCCGAUACCAUGAUCUCGGCCAAAGAGGACGUACAUAAGAUGUCAAAGUUUUCUGUGCUCAAUGUUGUUAAGAAGGGACAAUUGUUUGAGAACAAAACUUUGCUGAAGGCGACUUUCGAGAUAUGUGCAAUGAAGCAUAACUUUCACUAUGAGGUUAUCAAAACGGAUAGACAACUUUGGUACGUUAGAUGUGAGGAUAAUGCAUGCAAUUGGUGUGUUCGAGCAGAGUGUUUGCAGGAUUCUGAAUAUUUCAUUAUCAAAAAGUAUGUCGGUGAACAUACAUGUGCACCUUCAAACAAAACCAAACCGGGUAGGACUGCUUCGGCCAAAACUAUAGGCAGUCUGAUUAUGCAUAGGUAUGAAGGGGUUAAGGAAGGGCCGAAAUGCAAUGAUAUAAUACAGAUUAUGCUUAUGGAUCAUGGCUGUGAGAUCACGAAAUCUUUAGCAUGGGAUGCUCGUGAAUAUGCGGUUAAUGCUGUUAGAGUUAUACCAGAGAGAAGUUAUGGAAAAAUACCGAAAUACUUGCACAUGCUCAGAGAGGCUAAUCCGGGAACACAUUCAUCGUAUGAGAUUGACAGCAAAGGGAGAUUUCGGUACCUGUUUAUUGCAUUUGGGCAAUCGCUACGAGGAUUUAACAGAGUCAUAAGGAGGGUUAUUGUGGUUGAUGGCACUUUUCUGAAGAACAAAUACAAAGGAGUUCUAUUGGUUGCAACUGCUGUAGACGGAAAUUCUAAUUUGUAUCCUCUUGCAUUCGGAGUAGUCGACUCAGAGAAUGAAAAUUCUUGGGAAUGGUUUAUGAGACAACUAAAUAGUGUCAUUGCUGAUGAUCAUCAUUUGGCUUUCAUUUCGGACAGACAUGCGGCCAUUGCUAAGGCGCUUGAGACUGUGUAUCCAACAGCUAAACAUGGUAUUUGCAUUCAUCAUUUGUUGAAUAAUGUGGUAACAUAUUACCAUGGGAAAGGACUUGUUGGGUUGGUUGCAAAGGCGUCCAAGGUUUAUAGAGUUGCUGAGUUUGAAAAGAUAUUUGCUAAUGUGUGUAAUAUCAGUCCGGCAAUUGGAAAAUACCUAAGGGAUGCUGAAGUCCAAAAGUGGGCAAGAUGUCAAUUCUCUGGAUAUAGAUAUGACAUAAGGACAACAAACCCUGCCGAAUCCAUCAACUCUGCUUUGCGUUCGCCGAGAGAGUAUCCAAUCAUUCCCUUGUUGGACAGUAUCAGAGAAAUGCUGACUCGGUGGUUUUAUAACCGUAAGAAAAAGAUUUCAAAGCAUAAUCAUCCUCUUACCGAAGAUGUGGAGAAAAAGAUUGAAAGGAGAACCGAGAAAGGCAAAAGAUUUGCAGUUUACCCUGUCAGCGAUGGUCGCUUGCUUGUUAGAGGUGAUAAAAUCGACUGCUUAGUUGAUUUGGAUAGACGUACUUGCUCAUGUGGGAAGUACAACCUGAUGAAGAUACCUUGUCGGCACGCAAUUAAAGCUGGGUUUCAUGUUGGCAGACAGCCACACACAUUAACUGAUUUAUUUUACACUACAGAAGCUUGGCGAGAAGCUUAUCAUGAAAGCAUCAAUCCUAUUGCUGUUCCUGAGGAUGCUUGGUCCAUGCCAGAAGAUGUUGUCGUGGACAAUGUGCUACCACCAGAGUCAAGAAAAUCAGUUGGAAGGAAUAGAAAACGGAGAUAUGAAACUGUUGAAGAUAAACUUCGGUCAUCGCAAACAUCACAAAAGAGGCAGCCUCGCAAGUGUAGUAGAUGUGGUAUUAGUGGGCACAACAGAGCAACUUGUAUUGAUGUUUCUGUUACAGGUUGGUCUGUUCAAAUCUUCAAUCUCUUCUACAAUUCUCCCUUGCUCAGCCUCUACCCUUCGAAUCUCAUCAAGCAAGGCGUCAUCAACCCACUUAAAUAA